CAUCCCCAUCCCAAUCACAAGUCUAAUCGAGAAUCGACGAGCUUUCCAGAGCACUUUCUCCAUUAGAUUUACCCCCACAAUCUCCUCCCAACUGAAAAUUCUGAUUGAAGUGAAGCAUUUCAUCAGCUACCUAUUUUUCGCCGACCUCUAGACCUCGGCGAACCCCUCCCCAUCACGCACUUUCACCCAGCCCAAUAUUCCUCGCAGCUGAUACAAAGCUGUCACAGCCGCCCAUCAUGAAGGUCACCUUCAAGGAUCUGAAGCAGCAGAAGUUCACACUUGAUGUCGAGCCCACUGAUCUGAUCUCCGCUGUCAAGCAGAGAAUCUCCGACGAGAAGGGCUGGGACCCGAAGGCCCAGAAGCUCAUCUACUCUGGCAAGAUCCUCAAGGAUGAGGACACAGUCCAGUCCUACAAGAUCGAGGAGAAGGGCUUCGUAGUCUGCAUGGUCAACAAGCCCAAGCCUGCGCCCGCUGCCGCUCCUGCUCCUGCCCCGGCUGCCUCCUCGAGCUCCGCCAAUGUUCCUCAGACUCCGGCCUCGGCCAGAACAGCAACACCGGCCGCACCGCCUGCCCCGGCGCACAGCAGUGCUACUGCUGCUCCGCCAGCCACUCCCACACCCGCCGGCACUGGCGCAACGUCCGAGGGCCCUACCGAUACCUCGAUGGCCAUGGGAGCUGCAAGACAAGAGGUCAUUGCCAACAUGGAGGCUAUGGGAUUCGAGCGCUCGCAAAUUGAUGCCGCUAUGCGCGCUGCCUUUUUCAACCCCGACCGGGCUGUCGAGUACCUCUUGAACGGUAUCCCCGAGAGCGCUCGUCAACAGCAGCAGCAGCAGCAACAACAACAGCAAGCUGCACCUGCCACCCAGGCCCCGUCUGCUCCCGCUCAGGCUGCUGCCGAGCCCGCUCAUGGCGGUGAUGAUGACGGCAGUGUUAACCUCUUCGAUCUCGCUGCACAACAUGGACGCGGCGGCUCACGCGGUGGAGCCAGCCCAGGCGCCGCUGCUGCUGCCGCUGGAGCAGGAGCAGCGGGCAGCCUUGGCAACCUUGACUUCCUGCGCAACAAUGCCCAAUUUCAACAACUCCGCCAGGUCGUACAGCAGCAACCUCAGAUGCUGGAGCCCAUCUUGCAACAGCUUGGUGCUGGCAACCCUCAACUGGCUCAGCUCAUCUCCGCACAUCCCGAGCAGUUCCUGAACCUACUGGGCGAGGAUGGCGAUGAUGAUGCCGCUCUUCCCCCUGGUGCUCAGGCCAUUAGCGUGACUGAGGAGGAGAGAGAAGCCAUCGAGAGAUUGUGCCGACUUGGUUUCACUCAGGACCAGGCCAUUCAAGCCUACUUCGCAUGCGAUAAGAACGAGGAACUGGCCGCAAACUUCUUGUUCGACCAGGGCGAUGAUCUGGACGAGCCGCCCCAGUAGGCUCGCUAUCUGUCGAAGUUAUAUAUCCAGCGUCCACCAGUUUACACAACGAGUCGGCCAACUAUAAUGACAUGCUUGUUUCACAUGAUUUCCCCCCGCUACUCAAAGCUCUGGCUGAACAACAAUCAGCAUUCAGACUGGUUGGUUACUGGGCGGAAAAGAGGAAGGUUGUCUAUUGCAGAGCGAAUGUAAUAAAAAUAUCGUCCUCUCAGUUCUGGACGGUUAGACAACACAGGGCGGCUAUAUUUUGCACCCGCAGCUUCUUAUGGUGAAGACAGAGUCGACAUUGGUUGAAGCGAAUGAGAUAGCGUA